UUGGGGGGCAAAGCGCGGCCCCGCGAGCAGUUGCGGCGGGAGAGCGGCGGGCCGAGAGCGUGACUUGCCCGCUCCCGCGCUGUUUAAUUCCUCGCCGCCGCUACGCCACCCCGCCACCGCUCGCAACCAUGUCCGAGGAGAAGCCCAAGGAGGGAGUGAAGACAGAGAACGACCACAUCAACCUGAAAGUGGCCGGGCAGGAUGGCUCUGUGGUCCAGUUCAAGAUCAAGAGACACACCCCACUGAGCAAGCUGAUGAAGGCCUACUGUGAGCGGCAGGGCUUGUCAAUGAGACAGAUUAGAUUCAGGUUUGAUGGGCAGCCAAUUAAUGAAGCAGACACCCCGGCCCAGCUGGAGAUGGAGGACGAAGACACCAUUGACGUUUUCCAGCAGCAGACAGGAGGCUCACCGCUGACUGGCUGCCUCUUGGGAUGGGGUCUCUAGAGGGACCAGCCUCACUUUGUCACCGUCCUUGCAUUUGCUGUUGAAUAGUGAACACGUGACCAUGCCAAUCACAAAGGAGUCUGCAGGAGCCAAGGACAUCCACCAAAAUUCCUUUUCUCUCUGACAUACUGCGGGUGCAACUCAAAACUGUCUGCAGGGACAAAUCCUUACCUGAAACCGGGCCAGCCACAGUGUCAUGUUUGUUUAGGAAAAUGAGUUGCGAGGUUUUGGGGUUUGUUUUUGCUCUCAUUUUGUCUUUCCCCCUCCUAUGACAUUUCCCUUAAGCUUGUGGUGUGAAUGUCCUCUUUUAGUCUAGAUGGGGAUCUUACCCUAGGUAUUGAACAAGUCCUCCUGCUUAUUUUAUCAUGUAGAGAGCACAUGGCACCAACAUGGGGGUGCUUCUGUGGGGCAUGUUUUGUGGGCGUGUUGGGGAUGGGAGACAAACUUGCCCUUACCGUUUUGUGUAGGUUUUUUAAAUACUAAAUAUUGCAAGUUUAAGUUUUGUGAGAAUAUGGGAAAGCUGAAGGGAGAAUACUGGAAUGUUCUUUAAAGGUGAUAAGAAAAAUGACCGAGCCCCUCAGUGGCAUGGCCCUGGACGCCCUGUUCCCCUGGUGUCUGCUUGGGCAGGGGCGGGCCAAGGGCCCUGGCAGUGCAUGGGCGAAGCGGGGUGCGGCGAAAAUGGGCUUUUCUUUUUUUAAAAAAAAUUUCAUUUACAGUUUACAUUCAAUAUUAUUUUGUAUUAGUUCCAGGUGUCCUCUUUUGUUAAUACAGAGGAAAGUAAUUCCCAUGUUUCUCACUUGGUAGUAGUACUAUGGUCUCAAGAGUUCUUCCAGUAUUCGCUUCUGAUCAAUAAUUAUGGUCUCUAUAUAAAAAAGUAAGAUUAAGUAUUGCUGACUUUGCAGUGAUGUUUUUGUGUAAAAGAGCUACUUCAAAGUGUGGUUAUAAAUGGGCCCCCGGCAAAGACAACUUCAUGUUCCCAUGGACUGUGCUCUGCCACUUUCCAAACAGUAGCUGUGAUUUCAUUUCUGUGAAACAUUUUGGAACCUGUACCUAUGAAACUUUCAGUUCUCCUGCUGCCCUUCUGUAUGGAACCCCUGCUGCCUGGUGGCCCUGCUCUGCCUCAUCUGGCACCCGGACAGUGCGACCUCGACCAUCUCUUGCUUGCCUGGAAUCUUGCCUUUCCUUUGUUUCGCUGUUGGGGUGUGGAUGUGGUGUCUGCCGGCUCUGCUGUUCGUUCACAAUUUGUACAUUCUUUGUUGUCCUUUACUACUGUAAACAGUAAAUAUAGUUUGGUAUUCUGUCUCU